AUGUCUUAUUUGCUAAAAAGAAAAGCUUAGCAAGGAGCUUAUGACUACUCCUAAAUAAAUUAAUUGGAAAAUAUUAGAAAAUAAACAAAGAAAGAUGAAGAUUCUGCACUCUCUAUUUCAUAAUAAGACUUAGAAUUUAUUGAAUCUCUCCCUCAAGUUAGCUUCUAGACUCCAGAUAUAGAAUAAAAUCAGAUGUUUUUAGUGUAGGUUUAGUAUCUUCAAGAUGAGAUUGAGAAUAGUGUUAGGUUAAAGAAUUUCAAAAAUAUUCCAAGAAUUUUGAGAAAGAAACUUAUCGCUUUAGUAAAAAAUAACUCCUAGAAAAAAAAUUAGGACCAAUUUCAGAGAUUGAUGAGCAUUCUUUCUUCAUGUUUAUCUUUACAAUAAAUUGCAAACAACUUCUUCUUAUAAAAAGAGCUAUGUGACAAUCUUUUUGAAAUUUUAAAUUAUUAUGAAGAGUUUGUAGAUAGUGAUUGCAUAGACAUUUUAUUUAAUUUGCUAAGUAUAGUUGAAAGUGGAGGUAUCAAAGAAUGUUUGCUCAACAUCAUCAUUUAAAUGUGCAAGAAAAACAUGAAUAAAUGCAAAAAGAGUGUCUAAGAAAAUUAGGACAAUCCUGAAAUUAACAAAUUAAGCGUUAAAAUGAAAUUUAAAUUUAUCAAAUUAUUAUUCAAAAUUAUCAGUGUCGAUGUACCAGAAUAGGAGCUGUAAAGCAAUAGUAAAAAUAUUUCAAUAUUAAAUUCAGAGAGUUCAGCUUCCAAAAAUCUUUAGCAGAAACCAGCUAAAUCAUUUCAAUCCUAAUUGAUUGCAGAGAUGUUAAGAUGGCUUUAGCAAGAACCUUUAAUCUCUUCAAAAGUUCUUAAAUUUUUAUUAGGGAUAGAAAGUAGAUAAGCAACGAUUGUCAAGCUCUGCUUACUUAAAAAUAUUAACCUUAAUGAAGAUUCUUAAUUAUAUUUCUUAGAUUUUCUAUAAUUACUUUUCAAAAAAAAUCCUUAAUCGUAAGGUGAUAUUAUUCACAAAGUGUUUUUAUACAUCAAUAACUGUACCAGGUCUCUUUCAUAAUAAAUAAGACUUAAAGCAUCAUAAAUAUUACAUUAUUUCCCAUACUUUGAUGAAAAUCUUCUGUUGAGGACAAUAAAACUAGAAUAAUUUUAAGAUUAUGGAAAAGCAGGAAGUUAAACUCCUACAAACAGUGUAAUGACACCUAGUAAAAACGACUAAGAAAGAUUUUCAAUCAGCCACGGAUAUGGUGCAAUUGUUCAUCUAUUAGAGGACGAGUUUAAUGAAAUAAGAAAGAGUGCAAUUGAUAUCAUACAGAAUUUUGGACAAUAAAGCGAAUAAUUUGGUAAGGAGUCUAGAGAUAUAUUAUUUUAUAUGCUCAAUGAUGAAAAUGACUCUGUUAGAAUUAAAGCAAUUUAAGGAAUUAGCAAUGUGUUAGCUUAAGAGUCCGUCGAAAUACCUGAUGGCUCAAAUAGAAAAUUAGUUGUUAUAACAAAUGAAGAAAUGGAUAGCUUAAUGUUCAAUUUAAAAGAAAAAGUACCAAGAUUAAGAAUUGUAAUUUACAAGCUACUAGGAAAGGUGAAAAUAAAUAAUAUAGAUUAGCUAAAUAUGAUUCUUAACAUAACACUUAGAAAUAUCAAUGAAUUUGGGGACAGUUCUUAUAUUUUCGAGAUGUGUAAAAACGUAGGAGAAAAUAAUAGUGAGCUCAUUAAAAAGAAUAUUUGCUAAAUUUUGCAGAUAGCUGAUAUUCUCUAUGUUUAAGAACCUCAUUGGAAAGAUAAAGCCCAUAUUUAUAGAAUUAUUAUGAUUUCAAAUGCUUUCAAAAACAGAGAAGAGCUUUUAAAAAACUCAGAAACUCUCCUUCCAAGUUAUUUUUUAAAGUAAUACGAUAUGAUGUAGGAUCUAAUGCCAAAGUAUUUUCAUCAGCUUUACAGUUAUGAGUAGAGCUAAUUAUUCCCUUAGAAAUAGCAAGAAGAUGAAAAGAAAAAAUAUUAUAAGAAUCAAAGAGAUAUUGAAAAAUAGGAUAAAGAGAUUGAAGAAAUAGAAGAAGAAGAAUAAGGUGAAACUAAAAUAAUUAAAAAUGAUAAUUAAACAGAGAAAAAUAAUUUAGAAAAGGUUUAUGCUGAUAAUCUACUCAGUUUAUUAGUUAAUAGUUUAUCUGAAAUAGGUAAAAAAAACUCUGCCUUUCAAGUAAUUUAAAAAAAUGCAAAAAGCUAAAAGUCUGUUUCUGGGCCUCAGCAAGACUAAUAUUAAUUUAUAAAUAAAAUUUCUAAAAUUGCAUAUCAACUUUCACUAUUUAUUAAAUAAUCACAGUAAAGGAUAUCUUAAUAACAAUCUAUUUAAGAUGUCUAAGCUUUGAGAUAUUAGCUAUUGAAGAUUAUUAAAAAUAUCCAUAAAGUUUAGUGUAAAUUUAUUUUAGAUGAUUAAAGUCAAUAAGUUAUUGAAAAAAUGCUCUUUGUUGCAAUAUUGUAGUUGCCUAUUCUUCAUAUGACUUAAAUUAAUUCAAAUAAUUCUUCAACAGAUUUAUUCGAAUCCAUUAAAUUUGUUAAAACUAUGACAUUUAUAAAAGACAUAAUUAAAGAAUUUUAAGAUGCUAACAAUAAUAAGCUCAAUAACAAUUAACACCAAAGUGCAUCUUCCAUUCGCUCUAGUAACAAUCCUUUCUUUCUUCUCUACUCAUGCUUGGAAGAAGGAAUGAAGAUAACUAGUGAUGUUUAAGCAAACCCUUAAAGACUAUCUAUACCUUCUACUAGAGAAAUAUUUUUUAAUAGAUAUAACAACUUCUUAAAGUAAUUGCCAUACAGGUUACUUUUUCCUAAAAAAGAGAGCAAUAAUUAUUUUUUAUAAAAAUAAAGUUCAAUUCUGCAAAACUAGUUGAACUCAAACUAAAAUAAUUAGCAAAUAAAAUUAAGAAAGGCAAACAUUUUCGUGCCAAACGAUGAGCCUGUUGAAAUUCAGUCUAAAUAUAUGGCAAAAACAGGUUUUAUAGCAGAAAUAACUCACUUUUUGACUACUGAAGAGAGAAAAAAUCUUUAAAUAAUUGUGGAGUAUUCAGAUAGUUCAUAUGAGAGUAUGUAGUUAAUUGAAGAUGACUUUGUUUAUUUAACAGAAUCUAUACACGUUAUUAACACGAACAUAUUUUUCUAAAAAAUUAAUUGGACUACUGAAUCUCUAGUGAGUAUUUCUAUAAAUUAUCUGAAACCUCUUUCUCUCUUCAAUAGAAACACCAUUUAAAGAGAGAUAGGACAGCUGUUACCUUCUUAUCAGAAUUAGAAUAAUAAAUUAAUAUAUAACAUUCUUGAUUCAUCAUGCAAGCUUGCUUAAUCCAAACAAUUUCCUUUAAUUAUAAAAUCUAGGGUAAUCUGA